GAGAGUUUCGAAAACCCUAAUUUGAAUAUAAUUACAAAAACCCUCACCCUUUUCAGGUACUGUAGCUCCUCCAUUCCGCCGCCGCAUCCGUCGUCAACAUGAAAAACCUCAAGUUUUCUUGGGAGGUUUGGUCGGAGGUGCAGCUGCGAAAGGAGCAGGGAGAUGAAUCCCUGCGGUUGGCCACCUUCGACAUCGAGCGCAGCCGCCUCUUCUUCGCCUCCACCGCCAACUUCAUCUACACUACUCAACUUCCUUCACCUCAGACUGAGGGAGCAUGGAAUAAGAGCUCAGCGCCUGCUGCAACUCGGUUGAAUUUGGAAACAGGAGACGUUAUCACAUGUUUGGAUUAUCUCAUGGAAAAGGAAGCUUUGGUAGUUGGAACAUUAAGAGGGCAUCUCUUGCUGUAUUCGGUUGACGAUGAUGUAACCGAAAUUGUAGGCCAGGUAGAAGGUGGAGUUGCGUGUAUUUCUCCCAGUCCGGAUGGAGAUUUACUUGCUAUAAUGACUGGUUUUGGGCAGAUCCUAGUCAUGAAUCUUGAUUGGGAUCUAUUGUACGAGAUGCCUCUUGAUGAUUCACCCGAAGGUGUUGACGUAACAGAUGGAUCAGCUUUGUCAGUUGAUUGUUUCUCUGAGGCCUCAAUUUCUUGGAGAGGUGACGGGAAGUUUUUUGCUUCACUGAGCAAGGUCCAUGAUUCCUUGCCCUUCCACAAGAAGCUUAAAGUAUGGGAGCGUGAUUCUGGGGAACUCCACUCUGUCUCAGACCCAAAGCCAUUCAUGGGGUCUGUUAUUGACUGGAACCAGAUUGGGGCUAAAAUUGCAACCGUGUAUGAUAAGAAGGAAGAGAAGAAAUGUCCGUCUAUAGUUCUAUAUGAGAAAAAUGGUCUAGAGAGGAGCUCAUUCAGUAUCAAUGAGGGAAUAGAUGUAACUGUAGAAUUUCUUAAGUUCAAUUGUAAUUCAGAUCUUAUCGCUGCUGUUGUCAGAGGUGAAACAGUUGAUACCCUGAAGAUAUGGCACUUUAGCAAUAACCGCUGGUAUACGAAGCAAGAGAUCAGAUAUUCCAAGGAAGAUGCAAUAAAGUUUAUGUGGGACUUGACCAACCCACUAAAGUUGAUCUGUUGGACUCUUGAUGGCAGAAUCAUAACCUGCAAGUUUGUCUGGGUUACAGCUGUGAUGGGAAACUCAAUAGCAUUUGUCAUUGAUGGUUCAAAAGUUCUGGUGACUCCAUUGUCUUUGUCCUUGAUGCCACCUCCUAUGUACUUUCUUGAAUUCGAAUUUCCCUGUGCCGUUAGGGACAUUACUUCUUAUUCAAGAACUUCCCAUAAUCGUCUGGCUGCAUCUCUAUCAGACGGAAGCUUGUGCAUUGUAGAGCUUCCUUUGCUUGAUGAAUGGGAUGAGCUGGAAGGCCAGACAUUUAGAGUUGAGGCUUCACACUCUGGUAUAAACUUUGGGCCUUUGUUGCAUCUUGCUUGGUUGGAUUCCCACACACUUCUUGGUGUCUCUACUUUAGAUUCCAGUCACAGUAAUUUUAGUAACAGAAACUUCCUAGAUGGGGAUGUUCGUACAAGGCAUUACUUGCAUGGAAUUGAGAUAAGUUGCUCUGAAGAUCGUGUUUCUGGUUCCGUGACAUGCUCAGGAUGGCAAGCAGAAGCUCUGAAUCAUAUGCAUCUUGAAGGGGUUGUUGUUGGCAUAGUGUGUAAUCCACUUACUAGCUGCUCUGCAUUUGUUCAGUUUGAAGGUGGAAAAAUAUUUGAGUGCACGUCAAAAUUAGGUGUGAACAGAGGGGUCAGUCUUCAGAGAUGUGAUGAAAUGGAUUUCCUAUCGUCCUGCCCAUGGAUGGAUAUUGCCCCAGUUGAAGAGCAUACGCGAGAGAAACCAUUGCUUUUAGGUCUUGAUGACAAUGGAAAACUGCAUCUUGAAGGAAGAAUAUUGUGUAACAAUUGCAGUAGCUUUUCAACUUACUCAAGUUCAGGUGAUGGGAUGAUAACACAUGUGGUAAUCGCCACUAAACAAGAUUUUAUGUUUAUUGUUGAUGUUGGUGAUAUUGUGCGUGGGGUACUGGAAAAGAAUUAUGAGAAUUUCCAACCUGUUGUAGCAAAGAAUAGAAAAGGAGAAAAUGAAAGCAUUUUUAUUAACAUAUGGGAAAAAGGAGCAGAAAUUGUUGGUGUUCUUCAUGGUGAUGGGUCUGCUGUGAUCUUACAAACUCCUCGAGGAAAUCUUGAAUGUGUGUAUCCCAGGAAAUUAGUUCUUGUUUCGAUCAUCAAUGUGUUGGCUAAUAGGCGGUUUAAAGAUGCCUUGGAAAUGGUAAGAAGGCACAGGAUUGAUUUUAACAUCAUUGUUGACCAUUGUGGUUGGCAAGCCUUUACUGGGUUAGCUGCAGACUUUGUUGUACAGGUUGGCAACCUGAACUAUGUAACUGAGUUUGUUUGUGCCAUUAAAGGUGAAGAUGUUAUGGAGACACUUUAUAAAAACUAUACAUCCUUACCAUGCAUCAAGAAGGAUAAAGUUGUAAGAUAUGGUGAAUCGAAGAGUGCAGAUGGUGAUAAUAGAGUAUCCUCUGUUUUAUUGGCCGUGAGGAAUGCUCUUGAGGAUCAAAUUGAGGAAACUCCAGCAAGAGAGCUUUGCAUUCUGACCACCUUGGCUAGAAGUAGCCCCCCAGCUCUGGAGGAGGCUUUGAGGAGAAUAAAAGUUAUCAGAGAACUAGAGCUUUCUGUAGCUAAUGAUACAAAAAGACCUUAUCCUUCAUCAGAGGAAUCCUUGAAGCAUUUGCUAUGGCUUUCUGAGUCAGAGGCAGUUUUUGAAGCUGCUUUAGGCCUUUAUGAUUUAAAUCUUGCUGCUAUUGUUGCGUUAAAUUCACAAAAGGACCCAAAAGAAUUUUUGCCACUUCUACAAGAAUUGGAACUUAUGCCUCAACUUUUGAUGCAAUACAACAUUGACCUUAAAUUACAAAGGUAUGAAAGUGCUUUAAGGCACAUUGUUUCUGCUGGGGACUCUUAUUAUGAAGAUUCCUUGAAUCUAAUGAAUAAAGUCCCAGAGCUUUAUCCGAUGGGACUUCAGUUGAUUACUUCUCCUGACAAGAAACAACAGGUGCUUGAAGCAUGGGGUGAUCAUCUUAAUGCUACAAAAUGCUUUGAGGAUGCUGCUACCACAUAUUUGUGUUGCUCUUGUUUAGAGAAGGCACUGAAGGCAUAUCGUGCUGGUGGUAAUUGGACUGGGGUUCUGACUGUGGCUGGCCUUAUGAAGCAUGGAAAGGAUGAUCUUCUGCAACUGGCACGUGAGCUAAGUGAGGAACUUCAAGCACUUGGUAAACCCAGGGAUGCGGCAAAAAUACUCUUGGAGUACUGCUGUGAUGUUUAUAAUGGUGUUAGCCUCUUGGUGGAUGCAAGGAGUUGGGACGAGGCGUUAAGGAUUGCUUUCUUGCACAGAAGAGAUGAUCUAGUUUUAGUAGUGAAGGAUGCUUCUCUCGAAUGUGCAAGCGUGAUGAUGGGAGAAUAUAAUGAAGGGGUGGAGAAAGUUGGAAAGUACUUGACCCGUUACCUAGCAGUUCGUCAGAGAAGAUUAUUACUUGCUGCAACAAUUAAAUCAGAGGAGGGAUUGGCAGGCUAUCUUGAUGAUGAAACUGCGUCACAAGCUAGCAGUAAUUUUAGUGGAAUGAGUGCAUACACCACCGGGUCGAGAAGAGUUUCAACUGCUCCCACCUCUACCAGCACGUCCACUAAGGGAAGAGGUCGCCAACGGAACAGGGGGAAGAUUAGAGCUGGAAGCCCUGAUGAGGAGACGGCUUUAGUUGAGCAUUUGAAGGGGAUGUCUCUGGCUGAAGGAGCAAAACACGAGCUUAAGUCUUUGUUGAUUUGCCUUGUGAUGCUCGGUGAGGAAGACACUGCAAGGAAACUGCAACACACUGCUGAGAAGUUUCAAGUGUCUCAAUCUGCAGCAGUGAAGUUGGCAGAUGAUUUGAUGCCAAUUGACAGCAUUGAUGAGCAGGCCUUUAAUCUGGAGAUUUAUAUUCAGACUGUACAGAAAGAAGUACAGAAUUCAGAUGCAUUCUCCUGGAAAUCGAAGGUACUGGGGUGAUGGAACGAGAUAUUUGGUUGCAUCUCGACACGGGGAAGGAAGAUAUCGAUGUUAGUCCUAUCAAGAGCAACCCAGCCUUGCAGAUUUGUAGUUCAUGGUUUUUCGUUGUUUAUUAGUUCCAGUUUUUGGUUAUUUAAACAAACCUAAAUACGCAUUACAUUUCUUUCUAAAUCAUCAAAUAGUUGUUCUUGUCA